CUAGGUAUGCAGACUGCUUCUACAAACAUUUGUGAAAGAAUGGGUCGCUAUCAGGAGCUCAGUGAAUUCAAGCAUGGUACCGUAAUAGGUUGCCACCUGUGCAAUAAUUCCAUCUGUGAAAUUUCCUUGCUACUAAAUAUUCCACGGUCAACUGUUAGUUUUAUUAUAACAAAGUGGAAGCAUCUCGGAACAGGAACUCAGUGCAUCCUGAAGCGCACAGUGUGCAGAAAUCGCCAACUGUCUGCAGAGUCAAUAGCUAAAGACCUCCAAACUUCGUGUGACCUUCAGAUUAGCACAACAACAGUGCUUGCCUGACUACAUUGAGCCAAGUGUAA